AUGACUGCCCCAGAGAAAGUGGUAGCCUCCGAUUUGAAAUCAAGGGAUGGCGCUCCUCUUUCCCCACACAAUUCCGACAUCGACAUCGGGAGUAUCCAUGAGACACGGCAGAACGGCGAUGAAGCACUGAAUUUUCUCAAAACAGUGCAUGAUGUUGGAGAACUGACUGCUGAGGAGGAGCGGAGAUUGCUUCGCAAAAUUGACUGGAUGAUCAUGCCGCUUAUGUGGUGUUGUUACUGCUUGCAGUAUCUAGACAAAACCCUGGUAAACUACGCAGCAGUAAUGGGCCUCUACGAUGACGCAAACAUCAACACCGACCAGUUCUCUAAUCUCGCUCUCUUCUUCUACGUCUCGUAUCUCGUCGUCGAGCUUCCCCACGGCUACGCAAUGCAGCGCCUGCCCACGGCAAAAUACCUCGGGACAGCCGUUAUUCUCUGGGGCUUGGUCACAACGCUCACAUGCGUGUGCAAGAAUUACGGCGCGUUGGUCGCAACACGCGUGCUGCUAGGCUGUUUCGAAGCCGCCGUUGCGCCCAGCCUAAUCCUGAUAACGUCAAUGUGGUACAAGAGAGCGGAACAGCCAUUUCGAACGGGGAUUUGGUAUCUUGGUGUCGGCACGGGCACCAUGAUUGGAAGUCUGAUUAGUUUCGGCUUCCAGCAUUACCACAGCGACACGUUUACCAGUUGGCAAAUCAUGUUUCUCGUUGUCGGACUCGUUACUGUCGUCAUUGGCAUCACCGCAGUGAUUCUCUUCCUCCCGGACAGCCCCAUGUCGACGUCGCGCCUGACGGCCGCGGAAAAAUACCACGCCAUCAACCGGCUGCGCGAGAACCAAACGGGCAUCGAAAACCGCCAUUUCAAGCGCUACCAAGUAGUCGAGUGUCUCACAGACCCGCAGACCUGGAUGCUCUCACUCAUCACGAUUUCGUCAAACGUGCCCAACGGCGCCGUGUCUUCGUUCCAGGCCUCGUUAAUCCGCUCCUUUGGCUUCGACUCAAAAACAACUUCGCUGCUGCAACUUCCCUCGGGCGUCAUCAGCAUCAUAUCCAUCCUGAUCGCGACGUACCUGGCCGGCCGCUUCAACCAGCGCGGCAUCAACAUCUUCGCGCUGCUAAUGCCCGGCAUGCUGGGCGGGUGCCUGAUGGCGUUUCUGCCCGGGGAAUCCAAAGCCGGGAAGCUGAUCGGCAACUACCUGACCAACUGCAUUGGGUCGAGUCUGCCUUUGCUGUACUCCUGGGUCGCGGCCGAUUACGCGGGCCACACCAAGAAAGUCACCAUGAACGCUAUCCUGCUCAUGUCGUUUUGCCUCGGCAAUAUCAUUGGCCCGCUGACGUUUCGCAAGGAAGAUAACCCGGGCUUUGUGCCGGCCAAGAUCACCAUUGUGGUUACGUGUGCGUUUGCGGCCGCCAUGGCGCUGCUGCUGAGGGCGUACUAUGUGUGGGAGAACAGGCGCAGAGAUAGAGAGGAAGAGGAUGCUGGCAUGCAGGUGGAGAACGAGGAGUUUUUGGAUCGCACGGAUCGCGAGAAUAGGAGGUUUAGGUAUAGGUUGUGA